AUGUUUCUAAGAAAUUCCGUUUUGAGAACCACCCCAAUCUUGAAAAGGGGUUUGACAACAUUGACCCCGGUCAGCACCAAACUGGCACCACCUGCUGCCGCCUCUUAUUCCCAGGCCAUGAAGGCGAACAACUUCGUCUACGUGUCUGGUCAAAUCCCAUAUACCGCAGAAAACAAGCCUGUUCAAGGUUCUAUCUCUGACAAGGCGGAACAAGUUUUCCAAAACGUCAAGAACAUCUUGGCUGAAAGCAACUCGUCUUUGAACAGCGUUGUCAAAGUCAACGUUUUCUUAGCUGAUAUGAAAAACUUUGCUGAAUUCAAUUCAGUGUAUGCCAAACACUUCCACACCCACAAGCCUGCAAGAUCAUGCGUCGGUGUUGCUUCUUUGCCAUUGAACGUUGAUUUGGAAAUGGAAGUCAUUGCUGUUGAAAAGAAUUGA